UGGAGUUACUAUUGAUAUUUCUAUUGAUAUUUCUUUUUGAGAUAGAAUCUUGAUAGUGAGCUUUAUCUUGAAAAAUUUUAAUAUCUGAAAAGGAAAAGAAAUGGCUGAAUCUGCUGUGAAAAUCUUGAUAAUGAGCAUAGAAUUCAUGCUUAACCACCCAGGAUAUGUGAUUGGAGGAGUUCGUCAUGAGAUCUCGAAGGUGAAACUUGAACUAGAGAGUAUAGGGUCAUUCAUAAAAGAUGCUGAGAAGUGCAAAAGCCAGAAUGAAGGGGUGACUGUUUGGGUGGUACAGGUGAGGGACGUAGCGUUUGAAGCUGAAGAUGUAAUCGAUGAGUUCUCGUAUCAUGUGGAUAGCAUGAAAAAGGGAGGUUUUGGUGGGCGUUUGGCCGGUGUUUUUUACUUUCCAAAGGUAAUAUGGUUGAGGUACAAAACCGCCCUGGAGUUGAAGAGAAUCAGAGGUGAGAUUAAAGACAUUGCGAAACGAAGCAAGAGGUAUGAUCUAAGUCACAUGGAAGCAUCCUCAACCGUUGGAUCAAAUUCACAUAAUUCUUCUAGUUGUGUGCAAAAUAUUGGAGAAUCUUCGCUCUUCAUUAAGAACGAUGAAAUUGUUGGGAUCGAUCAUGUGAGAGACUCGUUGCUGUCACGUUUGGAAGGACAAGAGGCACACCGUAUUGUCAUUUCUGUUGUGGGCAUGGGUGGUUCAGGUAAAUCAACUUUAGUCGCGAAAGCGUAUACUAGCCUGACCGUGAGACAGAAGUUCGACUGUUGUGCUUGGGUUUCCGUCCCACAGAACAGCACGAUCGAGGACUUGCUCAAAAAGCUGAUCUCGGAGUUUUUGGAUGGAGAGGAAAAUAUGAUCCCGAAAAAUUUUAUGUCAAUGGACUACAGGCAGUUGGUGGAGAUUCUUGUAAAGUUCUUGGAUAAAAAGAGAUAUGUUGUUGUAUUUGAUGAUGUAUGGAACAAUAAUUUCUGGAGACAAAUAGGUGUUGCUCUUCCGGAUGAUGAAAACCGGAGUAGGAUCAUAAUAACAACGCGAAAUGAAGAUAUUGCAGCAUUCCCUUAUGGUCCUGGUGGUACACAUGUUUUUCGUUCGGAGCCAUUAGCUGAUGACUACGCGUGGACGCUAUUUUGCAACAAGGCGUUUUCGAGUCAGCCUAAUUGUCAGUGUCCUCCUGAACUGGAGAAAAUAGGUAGGGCAUUGGUGAAAACAUGUGAAGGUCUACCUUUAGCAAUUGUUGCACUUGGAGGACUAAUGGGGUCGAAAGAUCGAUCGGAAUUGAAAUGGAGGGAAGUUCAUGACAGCUUAAGUUGGCAUAUCAGCAACAAUAAGUUACUAGAUGAGGUUAAAAAUGUUAUGUUGAUGAGUUUCAAUGAUUUGCCUUAUUAUCUUAAGAACUGUUUCUUGUAUUGUUGUCGAUUUCCGAUGGGAGAAUGGAUAGGAGCAGGGAGGCUCAUUAGAAUGUGGAUGGCUGAAGGUUUUCUUGAAGAAAAUCGCAGCCUGAAUCCGGAGGAAGUUGGUAAAAUCUAUCUCAAGGAGCUGAUUUCGAGGAACUUAUUCCAAGUUGUAAAGCAUCAGAGUUUCAUAAGGCCGAAGCUUUGCAAGUUGCACGAUCUGAUGUGGGAGCUAGCUCGUUCGAUCUCAGAGAGGGAGAAUUUCUUGUCUAUAUAUAGUGAAGAGGAACUAGAGAAAGAGGAGAUAAGAGCACGUAGAUUGUCCGUGCACAAUGUUGAUGGAGGGCUUAAGAUGAGUGUUGAUCUAACACGCGUUCGAUCUUUCUCUAUGUUCAGUUUCAAAAAGGAAUCCAAGUUUUUGUUGGAUGAUCUUUUACCGCGGUUUAGACUGCUGAGAAUGUUGGAGUUGGACGACGCUAAGGUUGAUUCUUUACCUUACGAACUUGGUAAAUUGUUCAAUUUGAGGUACUUAAGUCUGAGUGGUACCGGAAUAAAAGAGCUGCCAGCGUCUGUGAAUCGACUGAGGAACCUACAGACUCUAGAUAUUAGACGAACAGAAGUGAAUGUACUCCCGGAAGGAAUCACCGAGCUGCAUAAUCUGCGACAUCUACUGGCCUAUGGCAAAGAGAUAGGAGCGGAACAUUUUGAAUAUGUGAGAGGGGUGCAAGUUCUCGGCAAACUGUGGAAACUGAAGAACUUACAAGUACUUAAUCGCGUAGAGGCAAACGCAGAUAUAGCACGUAAGAUCAGGAAAAUGACCAAGCUUAGAAGGAUUGAGCUCACAAAUGUCAAAGAAGAAUACAUGAAGAAUAUAUGUUCGUCUAUCGACAAACUUAAAUUCCUUCACCAUCUACUUGUGAUGACAGUGGAUGCAACUGCAAUUCUUAAACUAGACGAUCUCUCGGAGACUCCACUCAUUCUCAGGAAGGUUACUUUAGUCGGAAAAAUGUGCAAAGUGCCUCGUUGGUUUUCCUCAAUGCUCAACGUUAUGCAUUUGCAUUUGCAUUGGAGCCAAUUGCCUGAAGAUCAGGAUCCUAUCCGCUGCAUCAGUGAGCUUCCGAGUUUGGAGCAUCUCGUGUUGGUUAAUGCCUACACCAGCAAGAAACAGCUGAUCUUCGAAUCAGGAUUCCAAAAGCUCGAGGACCUACACAUUUCGUGCUUACCAGAGUUGGAGGAAAUAGUAUUCCUGGAAGGCGUUAUGCCAAAACUCGUGCGCUUGCAUAUAUACAAUUGUCCUCAACUGAAGGAGGUUCCUCAAGGACUUGAAUAUCUUACCAAUUUGAAACAGAUGAAUCUGAAAGCCGCUUCAUCAGAACUCGUAGACAGUAUACGCGGCAAAGGAAGCAGCAUUCGUUCAAAGGUUGGACGGAUCCCAUCCAUCAAAAAUUACUAUGAGACCGAUGGUAUUCAUGUGUACGCCAGACUGUCCUAACACUCUGUGUUCAACAGAUACGCCAUUUUCUUCUCGAAUACUUAUACUUAGGUGCUCCAUUUUAUUUUCCCAUUGAGGCCGAACCUAAACAUGUGCUCGAAGAUAGCUGUACACACACUGAUAAGGGAUGUAUGGAUUCUCGAAAACAGGAGAUUACUCAUUUAAGCACACUUUCACCUACUCUAUCGAAUUGACAGCAACGAUUCACUGUGUGCACGCGUGCCACAACGCGUUUUCUCAUGUUUUUUCCGCAAUUUGAAGUUCACAAUCACCAAAACAAUCAAGGCAUAUAAUCAAGUUGUAACCUUUGCACACAUCUACAAGAUUGGCGAUUGGCACAGAACGUUGCAACAAGUCUUCAACAUCUCUUAUGGUGAACGCGGUGUGAUUUACGCUAGGUGCAGUAGUGCUUGUUGGGAUCGGCCAUAUGAAUCCUCACCAUCCAUAUCUUUUUCCUCUUUGCAUUUAUAUGUAACCAUACUAGUGUGAGUUGUAUUAUGAACAAUUUGUUGUAUAUUAAUGAUGAAUCAUUUGUUGCUGCCAUUUUUCAGCAAGCCUCUGUCAGGGAUCGGCAGCAAGUUCAUCUGAA